GUGUGUUGGGUGGUUGUUGACAAAUAUUUCAGAUGCCUUGCUUGCCGAUUUUCAUCCAUUUAUAAUCUUAACUAUAUAUAAACACACACACUUCAUAGUUCAUAUUUCAAAUCUGUUAUACCAUAAACUCAAUAAAAGAACAAUCUUUAUGGAAGAAUUCAACCAUUUUGGGUUCUCUUCCACCAAUAUUCAUCAACACCUACCAAUUCGCCGGUUUUCACAGGCAGCACGUGUUGAAGAACACCACCAAUUCCUAUCGGAUGAUCAUAACUCAUCAUGGGAGCUCCUUCAUCACCUUGAUGAUCAAGUUUAUCCACCGGAAAUGGCUCCUGCUUCUGCGGAUUCCAUGGAAGAGUUUCAAUUUGUCGACAGCUUCUUCAACAUUGAAAAUAUCUACAAUGAAGACUCAUCAUAUAAUAACUCUUUCUUCCCUGAAGUUGUUCUUGAUGACACUUUCUUGAUCCCUGACGACAAUGGAGAUUUUCCGAUGAUGAUCGAUAUGAGUAUGAGCAGUUCAUAUGAAGAUGCUACCUCGCCGGAAAUGUCUGUACAACCGGCAGCCACCGUAGACAACCAGGAUCAUGUGAACGUAAAUGGUGUCGACGACGGUUUACAACUGGUCCACCUCCUCUUAGCCUGUGCAGAGGCGGUGGGUUGCCGGGACACUCAACUCGCCGACUCAAUUCUCUCCCAGAUUUGGUACUCUGCUAACCCUUUUGGUGAUUCCUUACAAAGGGUAUCCUAUUGUUUUGCAAUGGGGUUAAAAUCAAGACUUAUCCAUCUUCAAAAGGGUACCAUUUCAAUGGCGAACAAUUGGGAAGAAGGUGAUGUCACGAGGGAGGAGAAGAUCGAAGCUUUUCAUCUCCUCCACCAGACGACACCAUACAUUUCGUUCGGAUUCAUGGUGGCAAACGACGCCAUUGUUCAAGCGGCCCAAGGGAAAGAUCAAAUCCACAUUAUCGAUUUGGGAAUGGAACACACGCUCCAGUGGCCGUCAUUGAUAAGAACCCUAGCAUCAACAAAACUCAUCCGGAUCACCGGAAUUUUAGGAGAACGGGGAGAAACGGCGGAGUUGGAAUCGGAAAUGGAAUCCGUGGUCGCCGGAGCGAAUUCCGUCGGAAUUGAAGUACAGUUCCGACUGAUUCCAGGGCCAGCCACUCCGGCGAUGCUAACGAGAGAGAAUCUAGGAAUAAAAGAAGGUGAAUCGUUGUUUGUAAACAGCAUACUCCAUUUGCAUACGUAUGUGAAGGAGAGCAGAGGUUCCCUGAAAACGAUACUUCAGGCGAUCAAGAAGUUAGGGCCGACGCUGCUAACGGUGGCGGAGCAAGACGCGAACCACAACGGGCCGUUUUUUCUCGGGCGAUUUCUUGAAUCGUUACAUUAUUAUUCGGCGAUAUUUGAUUCAUUGGAAGCAAGAAUGGGGAGAAACAGUAUGGAGAGGAUGAAGAUUGAGAGGAAUCACUUUGCGGAGGAGAUAAGGAAUAUAGUGGCGUAUGAGGGAACAGAAAGGGUGGAGAGACAUGAGAGAGCUGAUCAAUGGCGGCGGCAGUUGGGGAGGGCGGGAUUUCAGGUGGUGGCCGGAAUGAAAGACCGGCAAGCUAUGGUGAUGAAGAGUUUAGGCGGUGGUGAUGGGUAUACAGUGGGGAAUGAUCAGAAAGGGAAUGUUUUGCUUGGUUGGAAAGGGAGGCCGAUCAUGCUGGCGGCGGCUUGGCUGCCAAGCUCCUCCUCCUAGUGCCGCCUCACUCCGGCCACCUUUCCUUUUCUUCUUGGCCCGGUUUAUUACAUUCCAUAUACAUAAUACAUGCUAUACUAUAAUUUGACGAGGGUAAUCAUGUCUUUUUACAAUGACAACUUUCACCUAGGUGGAAUAAAAACAUGUCAUGCAAUGUAAUAUCAUAAUAUCAUAAUGUUGUAUGUAAUACCAAAGGGGAGUCGAUUGACAAAUUAAUCUACAUUUCAUGUAAAAGAGAUUAAUUGAUUGCUUAAUAAAGGCAA